AUGGCUACAUACCUAUUGUUGGGAGAUGCUGAAUACUGGUGGAGAGGCGCCAGAGGAAUUAUGAAAGCUAACAAUGAGAAAGUCAACUGGAUCACUUUCCGUACUGCAUUUCUGGAGAAGUACUUCCCAACUAGUGCUCUAGAUGAGAGGGGGGCACAGUUUCUGACUCUUCGUCAGGGAGGCAUGUCCAUACCGGAGUAUGCUUCUAAACUGGAGUCUCUGGCUAAGCAUUUUCAGUUCUUCAACGAUCAUGUUGACGAACGGUACAUGUGCAAGCGCUUUGUGAAUGGACUGAGGCCCGAUAUUGAGGAUUCGGUGAGGCCAUUGGGGAUCGUGCGAUUCCAGUCAUUAGUGGAGAAGGCCACAGAGGUGGAGCUAAUGAAGAACAAGAGGUUUAACAAAGCUGGAACGGGGGGACCGAUGAGGUCAGGAUUUCAGAAGUCAGUGAACACUACUGUUGGAGGUGCGGAAAACCAGGCCGCGACCAAGGAUGUGACUUGCUACAAGUGUGGGAAGCAAGGGCACUUUGCCAAUGCUUGCCCAGAUGCAAGGCCCAUAUGCUACAACUGCAACCUACCGGGACACAACGACAGUCAGUGUAGGGCACCCAAGGCUGAGCCUUCUGUUAAUACUGCAAGUGGAAAGCGCCCAGCUGCUAAAGUAAGAGUUUACACCAUGGAUGGUGAGGAAGCUGACAGAGUUGAUGGUUUGAUAAGGGGAGAGUGCGAGAUUAAUGGUAACCUCCUAACUGACUGCGUGUCAAGACUGAAAGUACAUGUUACUGCUUUGAGUUUUGACCUUAUGGUGACUACACCUGCUAAAACCCUACUUGCUAAUGUUGCUUGUAUGCAUUGCUCUGUAGUGUAUAGAGAUGGAACCUUUCAUGCUAACCCAAACAUUCCAUGUGUUCUUAGAUCGGUUUGUAGUGGUGUUUAUCGACGAAUUCUGAUCUACUCCAAGGAUACUAAGGAACAUGAGGAACAUCUACACCAAGUGUUACAAGUGCUGAGGGAGAAAAAUCUGUAUGCAAACCCUUCCGAGUGUGAAUUUUGGCUUGAGGAAGUCAAAUUCUUAGGCCAUGUUAUCUCAAAAGAUGGAAUUGCUGUAGAUCCGGCGAAGGUUGAAUCUGAAGCAUAA